UAUUUAUUUAUAAAUUUGAUCAAACACCACAAUUAAAUAGUUCAAUUAAUCUUAUUGAUGGAUGGACAAUGUUUUGUCCUUUCAAUUUAACCAAUGAUGAUAUCUAUCGAUAUUUUAUUGAUAAUCAACAAACACCUGGCCAUCAAUCAUUAAUAUUUGGAAUAAGAGAAUUAAAUUCAACAGAAACUAAUAGUUAUUGUUUGAAUAGUACUUCAAUAAAUACGUCUUUACCAAUCACUGAUGAACUAUAUGAUUUCACAUCAAAUUAUGAACUUCUUAUAUAUACAUCAGGCUGUUAUUAUCUUGAUGAAAAUAAUAAUUGGAAAUCAGAUGGAUUAACAGUUGGUCCUUUGACAAAUCUCUAUGAAACAGAGUGUCUUUCAACUCAUUUAACAACAUUUGCUGGUGGUUUUAUUGUUUUACCUGCACCAAUUAAUUGGAGUUAUGUUUUUGCAAAUGCUGAUUUUUCGAAAAAUAAAACAGUUUAUUUAACAAUGAUAUUUACUUCAAUAAUCUAUAUUAUUUUAAUGAUUUUUGCACGUUUUAAAGAUAAGAAAGAUUUUGAAAAAUUGGGAGUAACCCCAUUAGCUGAUAAUAAUAAAUCUGAUCAUUAUUAUUAUCAAAUUCUUGUUUUUACUGGUCAAAGAACAAAUGCAGGAACAGAUUCAAAAGUUUAUUUUGUUUUAUCGGGUGAUAAUGAUCAAACACAAAUUCGAUUAUUUUCUGAUCCUCAUCGAAAGAUUUUUCAACGUGGUGGAAUUAAUUCUUUUAUUAUUGCUGUUCCAAAAUCAUUGGGAUUAUUAAAUUAUAUUCGUAUUUGGCAUGAUAAUUCAGGUGAAGGUUCUUCAGCAUCAUGGUAUUUAAAAUAUAUUAUUGUUCGAGAUUUACAAACUAUGGAUAAAUCUUAUUU